AUAUUUCACAGCCAAAAUCUUCACACCUUUCAUUUUUCCAAAUGGAGAGUUCUUGGAUUCUUUUUGCCUUGCUAUACGGAGCUGCGGUAGCCUUCGUCGCAAAACUCAUCAUACACAGAACCAAACCAAAUCGAAAAUUCCCACCAGGUCCGAAACCAUGGCCCAUAAUAGGCAACUUGAACCUUAUUGGCCCAAUCCCACAUCAAUCCUUUCACCACUUAUCCCAAAAAUACGGCGAAAUUAUGCAGCUCAAGUUCGGAAAAUAUCCUGUCCUGGUUGCAUCAUCCCCUGAGAUGGCCAGACAGUUUCUGAGGGUGCAUGAUGCGAGCUUCGCGUCCAGGCCCUCUCUUGCAGCUGGCAAAUAUACCAGCUACAACUACAGGGACCUAGUAUGGGCCCCACAUGGCCCAUACUGGCGCCAGACUCGGAGAAUAUACUUCUUCGAGGUCUUAAGCCCUAAGAAACUCGAUCUCUACAAGCAAGUACGUGCCAACGAGAGGCAGAAUUUCCUGUCAAACUUACGUGCCCUGGCAGGUAAGCCUGUCGUGCUUAAAGACCACUUGUCGCGCUAUAGUUUGUCCACGGUGUGGAAGAUAAUAUCAAAAGAUGAGUAUUUUAGUGACUCUAAUGGAGGACACUCUGUUUUAAAUAUGGAUGAAUUGCAUGAGAUGGUUGAUGAGUGGUUUUUGCUUUCUGGAGUUUUUAACAUUGGAGAUUGGAUUCCAUGGCUGAGUCCAUUUGAUUUGCAAGGAUAUGUCAAGAAAAUGAAGGCCUUGAACAAGAAAAUGGAUAAGUUUUACAACUAUGUGAUAGAUGAUCAUUUAGCUAGAAGAGUUGAGGAGAAAGACGAAAUUGCCCCUAUGGAUUUUGUUGAUACUCUGUUGCAAAUAGCAAAGGAUGGCAAUAAGGUUGAAGUUGAGCUCACUAGGGAUUGUGUCAAGGCAUUGAUACAGAACUUGAUAGUGGGAUCCAUGGAUACGUCUGCCACGACAAUCGAAUGGGCUAUACACGAAAUUAUCAGACAUCCGCGCAUAAUUGAGAAGGCAAAAGCAGAGCUGGACAAAGUGAUCGGAAGAGAGAGAUGGGUGGGAGAGGAUGACUUCUCUCAAUUGCCUUACUUGGAUGCCAUUUUGACCGAGACGUUCCGGCUCCACCCGCUGGCCACGUUGUUAGUCCCCCAUUAUGCGAUUCAAGAUUGUAACGUUGUAGGCUACAACGUAUCAAAGGGGACGACGGUUUUUGUCAAUGUGUGGAGCAUAGGCAGGGAUCCCGGGGCGUGGGAUUCCCCAGAUGAGUUUUUGCCAGAGAGGUUUCUAGGGAAGGAAACUGAUUUGUCGGGGAGCAACUUCGCAUUGCUCCCCUUUGGCUCGGGCAGGCGGAUUUGCCCUGGAUAUAACCUCGGACUAAAGGUUGUUCGAACAAUGUUGGCUAAUUUGUUGCAUGGAUUCGACCUCAAAUUGGUCGAUGGCAUGAAGCCUGAAGACGUGUCUCUCGAAGAGGAGUAUGGACUCACCACACAUCCUAAGCAUCGACUUUCCCUGCUCAUGGAACCUACUUUGCCAGUGCAUCUUUAUUAGAUUAUUUUAUACUAUUUCUCAAUAAUUACAUAAGAAAUUGAUGAGUUCAUGAGCUCGUGGUUAAUUUUCUAGCUUUUAGUAUGUCUAUCUUUGUAUAUGUGAUGACUGAAAUUGCUUGAAAAAUAGUAGUGUAUUAUCUAUAUUUGUUA